UCGUAAUACGAUAAACAAAGCUGUCGACUACAUCGUUCGUAACAUGGAAGGAUUAAACGACACGUAUGCAUUGAGCUUGUGCGCCUACGCCUUGAAUUUGGGGAAGCAUCCAUACGAGACGUCCGCGUUUAAUUUCCUGGAAUCGAUGGCUAUGACAAAACAGGGUAUCAAAUGGUGGAGCAAAGCUAUUCCAAAAGACGACAAAAAUCCGCAUUACUCUUUACCGCGUUCCGUCGACGUCGAAAUGACAUCUUAUGCUUUACUCUCGUAUCUCAGACGUAAUCUGGUCGCUGACGCAAUUCCCGUCAUGAAAUGGCUCGUCAAACAAAGAAACACAGAAGGAGGUUUUGCCUCGACGCAAGACACCGUGAUCGGACUUCAAGCAUUAGCGAAGCUCGCUGAGAAAUUGUCAAAGGAUACGAGCUCGGUUCGAAUCGCAUUUAAAUAUGGGAGAGACGGUCAAGGAUACAUGAACAUAAAUAGCGGCAAUUCUAUGAUACUUCAAAAACAGAUACUACCCACGAAAACACGGUUCGUCAAUAUAACGGCAUCCGGUAAAGGUUUCGUGUUGGUGCAAGUCUCCUAUCAAUAUAAUGUAAACGUGACUGGGGCAUGGCCAUUAUUCACGUUGGAUCCUCAAGUGGAUAAAAACUCCAACCCCAAUUAUUUACAACUGUCUAUAUGCUCGGGAUUUGUUCCAACCAAAGAAGCAAACGAGAGCAAUAUGGCCGUUAUGGAAGUAAGUCUACCUUCCGGCUUCACUGUUGACAGAGAUUCUCUACCGAGUCUAGAAAUAUCAUCGCAUGUAAAACGUGUGGAAACUAAAAAUGGUGACACAAUGGUGGUUUUAUAUUUCGACAAGAUGAUCAAGGAAGAGUAUUGCCCUACUGUAUCCGCAUUUAGGACGCAUAAAGUAGCUAAGCAGAAACCAGUUCCCGUUUCUAUAUAUGAUUAUUAUGAUUCAUCAAGAAGAGCAAGGGUAUUUUAUGAGGCUAGAAAAACAACUUUGUGUGAUCUAUGCGAGGAUGAAGAUUGUCAAGAUAUAUGUGUCUCAACACCUGGCAAACAGAAGGAUAAUGCUACAGUAUCCGCUGCGUCUCAUAUUUAUACUUGUGUAUAUUUACAGUUCAUGUUCUUCUCGUUUUACUUACAAGUUUUGCUUCAUAAGUAUUUGUAAUUACGUUGUUAUCGCGCGAGAAUAAUUAUUUUACUAUAUACCUUAAAUCUCUAACAAACUAACGUGAAGGAGCUGUAUAAGUUGCGACCAAAGUACUUGUUAUACAGAAUAUAAAUUAUAAUCCAUUUUUAUGGAAUAUCCAAAUCAAACUAACGUAAGAUUUAAUUACUUGAUAAUAUUAUGUUUAUAAUAAAACCUAAUAAUGUUUCUUGUUAUUAGGGAAAGUUA